CCCGCCGCCGCGGGAGCGCGGCGCUGCUCCCUACCGCCGCCCCCGCCGUCUCCUGCUGGUGCUGCACAGGCCGGCGCAACCGCGGGCCGGGCGGGCGGGGGAGCUGCUGAGCGGCUGCGGCAUGAAGCUGAGCAAGGCGCACUACGAGGAGAUCGCCCGGUUCCUGGGGCACGUGCAGCCCACCCGCCAGAGCCUGAGGCGGCUGAAGGAGCGAUUCCCCAGUCAAUCGCAGUCCACUCUGCUGAGCAUCUUCUCCCAGGAGUACCAGAAACAAAUCAAAAGAACACAUGCCAAACAUCACACUGCUGAAGCUAUUGAAACUUACUAUCAAAGGUACCGAAGUAGGGUGAUGAAAAAUGCAGCUGCCCCUGUAUUAUUGGAACUAGCCAAUGAGGUGGACUUUGCACCAUCAUUGAUGGCUCGAAUUGUGCUGGAAAGAUUUUUACAAGAACAGGAGCAAGGUAUCCCAUCCAAGACUCUUAUAAACAGUAUGCUACGGGACCCUUCUCAGAUUCCAGAUGGAGUUCUAGCAAAUCAGGUCUAUCAGUGUACUGUGAAUGACUGUUGUUAUGGACCACUGGUGGACUGCAUCAAACAUGCUAUUGGACAUGAACAUGAAGUCUUGCUACGAGAAAUGCUUCUGAAGAAAAAUCUCUCUUUCCUAGCUGAAGAUCAGCUUCGUGCAAAGGGUUAUGACAAAACACCAGACUUUAUUUUGGAAGUGCCAGUAGCUGUUGAAGGCCACAUAAUUCACUGGAUUGAAAGCAAAGCUUCAUUUGGUGAUGAAAGCAGCCACCAGUCAUACCUUCAGGACCAAUUCUGGAGCUACUGGAAUAGAUUUGGUCCUGGAUUAGUCAUCUAUUGGUAUGGUUUUAUUGAAGAGCUAGACUGUCAUCGGGAACGUGGUAUCCUGCUAAAAGACUGUUUUCCUACUGACAUUGUAACGCUGCGACACAGCAUGGCUCAACACUGAUGCUGGAAGAGAAGUUGGGAGGAAGAGGUGAAUCCGGAAGCAAUUUUACUUUCCUGCAGUGUAAACUACUGGCAACAUUCUGCCCUGAACUUCAGCUGAACUCUUGCUGCCCCUGAUCGCACUACUACCUCUUUAGACAAACAUAUCAAGAGUUUCUGCUUUGCUUCAGACCUCUGUUGUUGUGAGCAGCCAAAAACUACAGACACAACCCACUCAUUAUCAGCUUUCUGUCUCUGUUGAACAGUUAGUUUACAGAUAGUCAUAAUCUUUUUUUUCCUUCCGGAUGGCUUCUCCUAGGGUUGUUAACAAAAGGAAAAAUGUGGAGGCUGAAAGGUGUGACUUACUGUUCUCCUCCCUGUUAUGAAGUCACCUUAGAAAAAGCCCUUCUAUUAUUCCAUUCACAACCUUAUUUCAAGUGUUAAAGAUCCAGCUCAAAGAUGCACAUAAGCCACAAAAUCUGGUUAUGGCUGUAACUCCAUAUUUUACACAAAUAUUGUACCUGUUUAGUGCAGUUUAUAUAGUCAGGGAGAACAUCUCUAUCAUCUUGUUUGAAUUCUGAAUUUCUUGGCUUCUGUGCCAUCAAGCCAGACUGUUACCACUAUUUUAGGUUGGUGUAUGGACUACCUUAGUUUGUAAGGUUGCUUU